UCUUUAGGAAAUAAGAACUAUCUGGUGAUAUCUUAUUUUCUUAGUCGGUGUUGUUCCGUGGGGUUUCACACAAAAUAUUCCGAGUUAUAACUAAAUAACAAAAUCUGUAGUGCGUGUGUUAAAUUAGGUUUUAAUUCAACGAUUAACAAUUAAUAUUUUUAAUAAUUAUAGUUGUAAUACGCGCUUUGUUCUAAAAAGUGUCUGUUACCUUUUAAAAUGUGAAAAUUAUAAAUGAAAAUCGGCAAGGUUUUACCCGGUUUAGUGACCAUGACCCUUUCGUACUUGUUUGUAAUCGUUUUCUUUGGUUUUCAAGUGACCGUUUUCGGUACAAAACAAGAUAUUGAUAAAACCACCGUUAAAUAUUAUCUAAAUACAACAGGAUGCCCAUUACAUGAAUUUCUUUGUGAUUCAAUAUGUUACGACAUGAAUCAAUAUUGUGAUGGAAUUCGAGAUUGCGAAGACAUUUCAGACGAACCAGAAGGUUGUAUUCCAAUACCACGAGAACUACACUGCCUUCACGGUCAUUUUACAUGUAAAACAACACAUCGAUGUAUCCCACUUGGUUGGGUUUGUGAUGGUGAAGUCGAUUGUGGUACAACUCGAAAUGGAAUGGAUAAUUCCGAUGAAGAAGAUUGCAAUAAAAACAUUCCGUGUCCUUGGAAUCACGCAAAAUGUGGUCCCUCCAGUAAUCAAUGCAUUCCUUUAACCUCUUUUUGCGAUGGUGUUCGUGAUUGUGAAAACGAUGCUGAUGAAUUGGAUUUUUGUGAAACGUCAGUAUGUGAUACAGCGCAAUGUGUUCAUGGGUGUAAACCAACGUUUGAAGGGCCUAUGUGUUAUUGUCUGGAAGGAUAUCGUCCAGGAGGUGAUGGAACAAUUUGUAUUGAUGCAGAUGAAUGUGAAUUGGGGAACACAUGUGAACAAAUUUGUAUAAACUCGAUUGGAUCAUAUCAAUGUAGGUGCGUUUCUGGUUAUAAAAUGGAAAAUGGAUCUUGUAUAGGACUUAACGUUCCAAUCGAUGAGCCAACAUCGAUUUUAUUUUCAACUCUUAACACAAUUCAACGAAUCACUCCAGAUGGUAGAAAUUGGUCAAUUUUUUCAAGAUUAAAUUUAUUAAAUAGUCACGGAUUAGAAUUUUCACAUCGAAAUAGAUCUAUCUAUUAUAUUCAUCACAACAUGAGUGAAUCAACGUUUAUGGCGGUAAACGUUGAUAAUUUCACCGAACGAUGGCCGUUGCCAAAACCUGUUGUUUUUGAUAACUUAGAUUCAAUUCAACAAAUAGCUUUAGAUUGGUUAACUGGAAACUGGUAUUUUUUGGAUGAUGAAAAAGAAAUUAUCUUAUUAUGUAAUAACACAUUACGAUGGUGUAAAACGGUUAUCGACGUAAAUUUAGAUAAAGGUAGAGCGUUGGCGUUAAAUCCAAUGAUAGGGUUUAUGUAUUUUUCAAAAUGGGGAAUGUCCGCACCGGUAAUCGAAAGAUGUAGAAUGGAUGGAACUGGAAGGGAAACUUUGGUUGAUAGAAAAAUUGUUUAUCCUUACGGGGUUAUUGUUGAUUAUGCAACAAACGAUGUUUAUUGGUUAGACACUUAUUUAGAUGUGAUUGAGAGAGUGAGUUUUGAUGGAAAAAAUCGAAGAACGGUGAUGAAGGGAUCUGCUGUUCAAAAUUUAUAUGGUAUUAGUAUUUUUGAGAAUACUUUAUAUGUUACUUCGUGGAAAGACAAUAGUGUAUAUAAGAUCAAUAAAAAGACGCUUGAUACACAAACUGUUAAAACUAAUAUCUCCAGACCUUUUCAUAUACAUGUUUUUCACCGGCAAAGACAACCUGAUGUUGCACACCCAUGUAGACAAAAUAACGGUAAUUGUAGCCAUAUUUGCGUAACAAAUUGGAAUUCCAGUAUCGCAAUAGCAAAAUGUUUAUGUUCAAUGGGUUAUACAUUAAAAAGAAGGACGGGUGAAUGUACAUUAAACUCCGCUCCAGUAUCUUUAAUAACAGCAAAAAGCCGUCCACUUCUAAUACAAUCGAUCGACAUCGAAAAUGGAACGGAAACAAUCAUUCCAAUAGCGGGAAUCCGUAUAACAGCUUUAGAAGUUAACGUUCAGCAAAAAUCAAUUUAUUAUGCUGACGGACACAGCGCCUCGAUUUAUUCAAUUUCUUUAAAUGGAAGUAAUAAAAUUGAAGUUUUAUCAAACGGGGCUGAUAAAUGUGUUUCUAUCGCUUACGAUUGGAUGGGUGGUAAUUUAUAUUGGGCAGAUAAUAUAGGGAGUAGGGGUAGAAUUGGAGUUGUAAAACUCGCGGAUGUCACAAAAAAACGUUUUCUCAUAUCUGAAUAUAAAACGUACCCUACCGAUAUAGUGUUAAAUCCGAAAAAAGGAAUUAUGUAUUGGAUAGGUCAUGAUGGAACAACUGAUAUUGGAACAAUUUAUUCUGCAUGGAUGGAUGGAACACAUAAAGAAACAUUUGUUAUUACUCCAACUCCAGAUCAUUCUCCAUCACAAUUAGCAAUCGAUUUAAUUGGAAAAAGAUUAUAUUGGUGUAGUGUUUUAAAUCGAAUCGAAAGUAUCGAUUUUAAUAAAUCGGAUCGCAAAGUUAUCGCCGAAGGUUUAGAUACAGCUUUUACAUUAGCUUUUUAUAAAAGAAAUUUAUUUUAUACAGAAUCAAAUAACUUGAUUUCUUUAAAUGUUGACACUAACGAAAAAACAGUUUUACGCCAAGUUAACCCUUUUGUUAUCGAAAUGGCCAUUUUUAAUACAAAAGGUCAAACGGGCGCAAAUCAUUGCACCAAUACAAGCGAUUGCCAAGAAAUUUGUCUUUUAAUCCCAAAAUCAGUAAAAUGCGAAUGCUCCGACGGCUUCAAUUUCAUCAACUCAACAUGCGUUAAAUCGACAAUUUCAUGUGAACCAGGUCAAUUUCAAUGUAAAUCAACCGGUGAUUGCAUUCCAGAAAUGUUCACUUGUAACCAUCGCCCAGAUUGUGACGAUGGAAGUGAUGAAUCAUAUCAAGUUGACGGACCAUGCGGAAAGGUUGAGUGCACUGCAAAUCAUUUCCGUUGUGAUAAUGAUAGGCGUUGCGUAAAUGAACGAUUAAUUUGCGAUGGUGAUUUGGAUUGCGAAGAUGGUUCUGAUGAACCCACAAGUUGUUUGAGAAAUUGCACAGAAAAUCAAUUUAAAUGUGUGAUAUCGAAACGAUGUAUUCCAAAUGUAUGGAAAUGUGACAGUUUUAUUGAUUGUGGUGUUGAUGAUGAUUCGGAUGAACAAAAUUGUGAAACUGAAAAAUGUGAGUUGACAGACUUUACGUGUAACAAUGGAAAAUGUAUUUCUAUGGAUCUUUAUUGCGACGAAAUCGAAGAUUGUGCAGAUGGUUCUGAUGAAAAGAACUGUUUACCUUCAACUGAUUGUCAUGCUCCGAAAUUACGUUGUAAUGGAUUUAUAGAUUGUCCGGAUGGAUCUGACGAGGAAAACUGUCACGUUAUUAACGAUGUUUGUGGGACGCACAUGUUUUAUUGUGGUACCGCGGAAUGUAUUCCAAAGAUAUAUGUAUGCGAUUCCUUAGAAGAUUGUUCGAACGGUCGCGACGAAAAAAACUGUUCAAAUUCAGAUCAUACAAUCAAACCUCCUCACCAUCACGAUAUUGAUGUAGUAAAUUGCCACCAUCCUUCCCGUUGGUGCGAUAACAAUACAGUUUGUGUAAACGUAAAUUUAUUGUGCGAUGGAAAAUAUGAUUGUGACGAUUAUUCCGAUGAAGGAUUGCGCUGCGACGACAAAGUCUGCUUAGUAUCGUCAGUUUGUUCGCAUAAUUGCCACAACGCCCCCGAAGGCGCCGUUUGUUCGUGUCCCGAUGACCUAUUUCUACAACCCGAUAAAAAGCAUUGUUUAGAAAUGCAUCCCUGCGAGUCUUGGGGUGUGUGUUCGCAAAAAUGUAUUCCGAUUGGGUCAAGAUAUAAAUGUGAAUGUCAUCCUGGAUACAGCUUGAUGGCGGACGGCUUUACUUGUAAAAGUGAAAGUAAUGCUACAGCAUUUGUUCUGUUCAGUAAUCGAUUUGAAGUUAGAAGUGUUGAUAUACAUUCAUUUAAUGGACGAUCGUUAAUAUCCAGUUUGAAGAAUACUAUUGCGUUGGAUUUUUAUGUUGGAAAGGAUACACAAAUGAUCUUUUGGACAGAUGUGCUGGAUGAUAAAAUUUAUCGUGGUACUGUCUCAGGAAAUUCGCUAAGUAGUAUAGAAGUAGUGGUUCAAACUGGUUUGGCUACUGCUGAAGGUUUAGCUGUGGAUUGGAUAGGCGAAAAUUUGUAUUGGUCCGAAAGUAAACUCGAUCAAAUUGAAGUCGCAAAACUAAACGGGAGUUUCCGCCGAACAUUGGUAGGAGGUGAAAUGGACAGUCCUCGUGCGAUUGCGUUAGAUCCUCGACGAGGAUACUUAUUUUGGACAGAUUGGGAUAACGAUGCACCGCGAAUAGAACGAUGUUCAUUAGCUGGUCUUGACAGGAAAAUAAUCGUACUAACUGAUAGUAUCGAUGGUGGUUGGCCUAAUGGUAUAACUUUAGAUUACGAUUCCGAACGUAUUUAUUGGAUAGAUGCAAGAUCCGAUUCAAUUCACACCGCUACUUAUGACGGUUCAGAUAAAAGAUUAGUACUGAGAAAUCACGACAUGUUAUCGCACCCAUUUGCGAUUUCAUUAUUUGAAAAUUACGUCUAUUGGACCGAUUGGAGAACCAACAGCGUUGCUAGGGCGAAUAAAUGGACCGGAUCUGAAGUUUUCGUUAUACAGCGUACAUUAACACAGCCAUUUGAUAUUGAAAUAUUACAUCCUAGUAGACAACCUAGAGAUGGGCCAAAUCCUUGUGGGAAUAAUAAUGGAGGAUGUUCUCAUUUAUGCUUAAUCCAUACAAACCACACUUAUCGAUGUGAUUGUCCGCACGUUAUGCGAUUAAAUGUUGAUAAUAAAACAUGCGUUGUAAACGAACGAUUACUUCUAAUUUCGCGACAGCAGGAAAUCCGCGGCGUUGACUUACAACAACCGUAUUACCACAUGAUGCCAACAAUAAGGGCACCGGAAGUAAUGCAGGCUCAACAAAUUGAAUAUUUAGCAAAGAACUCAACAAUUUAUUGGGUCGACAUGGCGUUAAAUGAAAUAAAGCGUUCCGGUUUAACCAUGGAUCCAAUUCAAUUAAUUAUCGAUACUAGGAUUAAAAAUCCAAUGGGUUUAGCUCUCGAUUGGUUAUCGAACCUUUUAUUCGUCGGUUCACUUCAAGGAAUCACAGUUUAUAACCUUGAAGGGGAAUAUAGCUCGAUUAUCAUUAAAGAUACUCACGUAUCAAGUGUGGCGAUUGAUCCAACUAAUGGUAAAUUGUAUUGGAUUUCAAUAAAUGAAACUAAUUCAUCGGUUGAAAGGAGUUUAAUGGACGGAAGUGAAAGAAAAACGUUAGUUAUGAACUCGGCAGCGAAUUUCAUGUCUUAUUUAAGUUUUGAUAAAGAUGACAAUCGAUUGUAUUGGAUUAGUAAUAAAAAGAUUAGUUAUUACGAUUUAAGAACUGGUAAGGUGUAUACAUUAAAUUUACCGUCUCAAUCAUCUGUGAUAACCGCCACUACAUACAAAGGUCUUGUAUAUUACGCCGAUAGCAAUGAUCAGUCUAUUCAUACAGCUGAUAAAACAACAGGUGAAAAUGACACAACAAUCAGAAACACAACGGGAACUUUAUCUUUAAGAAUUUACGAUCCUUCAGAACAAAAAGGAAGAGGUCCAUGUGACGAAAAGAAAAAUGGUUGCGAUCAUCUAUGUAUUCCGAUGUCUUCAAAUGAAAGUCGUUGUAUUUGCGCGACCGGAUAUACAAAUGAUCCCAGCGAUCCAAAACGUUGUCUAGGUGUACCCGAGUUUAUAUUCUAUUCAAAAUCUUGGGAAAUCAUCGGAGUAAAAAUCAAUGAAAGUUUGAAUGAAAUGGACACGUUGGGGCCGAUUUCGAAAGUUUAUAUGGCUAAUUCUAUCGAUUAUUUAGCAGCGGAAGAUUUAAUAUUUUGGGUUGAUAGUGAUCGAGGGAUUAUAUUUAGUAUAAAAAGAGAUGGUACAAAUAGAAAGGUUAUUAUUGAUCAACACGAAGGGGUUGAAAAUGUUGCAUCUGAUUUAAUAACAGGAAUUGCUGUUGAUUGGUCAGCCCGAAAUAUAUAUUGGAUAGAUAUAAGACACAGUGUAAUCGAAGUGGCACGAAUAGAUGGUUCCUCACGUUACGUUGUAAUUUCUCAAGAUUUAGGUAAUCCAAGCUCAAUAGCGGUUGAUCCUCAUAAAGGAGUUUUGGUAUGGGGUGGUCGUUCAAAAUUGACAAUAUCGAAACUAGACGGUUCGUAUCCGAAUACCCUGAUAAACGAAGCCCUAUUGAUAACCGACGUUAGUUUAGAUUCGAAACGCGAACACAUUUACUUUUGUGAUCACGGUAAUCGAACAAUUGAACGAAUCGAUUACGACGGUACAAAUAGAAUCGUCGUUUUAAAUGCAUCGAAUACAGUGUCUGUAGCGUUUUGGAACGAUAUGUUAUAUUGGUUGGAUACUUCAACACCGGGAUCUUUAAAAGUUGCUCCUGUACAAAAUUUAUCAAACAUUUCGGUUUUAUUGGAGAUUGAUCAUAGUGAAACUUUAAAAGAUGUACAGGUUUUUAGUUUAAGUAGACAGCAAACUACAAAUCCUUGUAUUCAUAACAAUGGUGGAUGUCAACAUUUAUGUCUUUUUAAUGGAACGUUUCCUUUGUGUGUUUGUCCCCAUGGAAAAGUUGCGGAAGAUGGAACUUCUUGUGAAGAUUAUGAUAGCGUGAUAAUGUUUUCUAAGGUUUUAAGUAUCGAUUCGAUUCACAUCCAAGACGACAACAUUCAAAAUGCGCCAUAUCCCAGCAUAAAAAAUUCCACAUUCUUAAAAAAUGCCAUCGCUUUAUCAUUUAAUUACGGAGCGAAAAGAUUAUUUUAUUCCGAUAUCCAAAGAGGAUCGAUUAAUUCCGUGUUUUUCAACGGAACCGAUCAUCGAAUACUCGUAGAACGACAGGGUUCCGUUGAAGGUCUUACUUAUGAAGAAGUUUACAAUACUUUAUAUUGGACGUGUAAUAACGAAGCUGCGAUUAGUCACGCGAAUUUAACUCAAUUUGGAACGAGUGCAGGAAACGUUGAGGUUGUAAUAAAAUUGCGAAGUGAUGAUAAACCACGUGGUAUAGCGGUAGAUUCUUGUGGUGGAAGAUUAUAUUGGACUAAUUGGAAUUCACUUCAACCAGCUAUAGAAAGUGCUUAUUUAUCGGGAUAUGGUCGCCGUAUAAUAAUUAGCACUGAAAUUCGUAUGCCCAAUGGAAUAACACUUGAUCAUAAAGCACAAAAAUUGUAUUGGAGUGAUGCUCGACUUGAUAAGAUUGAAAGAUGCGAAUAUGAUGGAAGUAACCGAAUUAUUUUAGCUAAAGUUACACCGCAACACCCAUUUGCGUUAGCUGUUUAUGGUGAUUAUAUUUAUUGGACAGAUUGGUUAUUACACUCUGUACUACGUGCGGAUAAAGUAACAGGAUUAGACGUGGUUUGGUUACGAAGAGAUGUUGAUAAACCAAUGGGAAUCGUCGCAAUUGCAAACGAUACUAACAAUUGCUUAAGAAAUCCUUGUUCUAUAUUAAACGGUGGUUGCGCCGAGGUUUGUAUUUUAACACCGUCUGGAGAAGUAAGUUGCGGAUGUUUAGAAGGAUAUACUUUGGCUGAAGACGGUUUUCGAUGCUUUCUUAACUCAACUACAUCAUGUACAGGAGAUUCUUUUCGUUGCUCCGAUGGGGGAUGUGUUCCAUUUGAACAAACUUGCGAUACAAUUAAACAUUGCAUUGAUGGAUCUGAUGAAGAACCCGGAUAUUGCGCACAUAGAGUUUGCCCACAAGCAUGGUUUAUGUGCAUGAAUAGGCGAUGUAUACAAACGUCAUAUCACUGUAAUGGAAUCGAUGAGUGUGGUGACUCAAGUGAUGAAAUUAACUGCAGUUGCCCAGAAACUACUAAAUUUAAAUGUCUCUCUGGGGAGUGUAUUCCACGAAAUUUCACUUGUGAUCGUGAUCCGGAUUGUCGUGAUGCUAGCGAUGAAAGAAAUUGCGGCACACUGCCGUGCAAAGGUCUAUAUGGUGACGAAUUUUUCAGUUGCAAUAAUACUUUCGCGUGUCUACAUACUGAAUGGAUAUGUGAUGGCGAGGAUGACUGUUGGGAUAUGUCUGAUGAGAUGAAUUGUGCUGAAAGAAAUGAUCCGCAAUGUAAAAAAAAUGAAUUUUAUUGUUUAAGAAGUCGGAAAUGUAUUGAUUACUCAAAACGUUGUGAUAACUUUGAUGAUUGUGAAGAUGCUGAAAUUGGAGGAUUCAGCUCAGAUGAAGAACAGUGCUCGCUCGAAUGUAAUAGUUAUCAAUUUAGAUGUAAUGACUCAACCUGUUUACCAGAAAGUGUAAGAUGCAAUGGUCGAAAAGAUUGUCCAGAUGGUUCUGAUGAAGAACAAUGUUCAAAAACUUGUCGUCCGACAUGGUUUACUUGUGAUAGUGGGGAUUGUAUACCUAAAUCAUGGGUAUGUGAUGGUCAAAAUGAUUGUCUGGAUCAAUCCGACGAAAAACACCACUGUCCAACUCGCACAUGUUCCUCAACCGAGUUCCGUUGCAGUUCAAAUAAGUGUAUCCCAAAACAAAUGGUAUGUGAUGGCGAACCUGAUUGUGAUGAUCACGGAGACGAACUACAAUGUCCAGAAUUUUGUGACACCACAGAAUUUCAAUGUGCUGAUGGUACAUGUAUUUCUCUGGCUUUAUAUUGUAAUGGCCAUGCGGAUUGUGGUGAUAAAAGUGAUGAACCGCCAUUUUGCGCUUCGCACUGCAAUCUCGGGCAAUUCCAGUGUUCGCAUGGCACUUGUAUUUCUGCUGAACUCGUUUGCGAUAAAAAGAAGGAUUGUAUUGAUGGAAGUGAUGAGGAGGGAUGUAUUGAUCAUCAUGACGACGAUUGUAAAGAUAAAUAUAAGUGUACGAAUGGAGUGUGUGUAAAUGAAUCGUUACUUUGUAAUGGAGAGGAUGAUUGUGGGGAUUAUUCUGAUGAACAUUUAUGUAAUAUCAAUGAAUGUAGAUCCGAUCAAAACAUUUGUACGCAAAAUUGUACUGAUAAACCUAUUGGUUUUGAAUGUAGCUGUUACCCUGGUUAUAAAUUAAACCCAGAUAAACCAGGAAAAUGUGUCGAUAUAAACGAAUGCGAAGAUCGUCCUUGCAGCCAAAAAUGCAGAAAUCAUCACGGUUCUUUUACAUGUUCAUGUAAAUCGAAUUAUUAUUUAGAAUCCGAUAACAGAACCUGUGUAGCGGUUACAACUGAAACUCCUAAAAUUAUCGUCGCGAAUAGAUAUUACAUAAGACAAGUUGAUCUGGUUGGACGUCAUACUAUUUUGGUGCAUAACUUAUCUAACGCAGUCGCUUUAGAUUUCGAUUGGAAAUCGAAUUGUUACUUUUGGUCUGAUGUAGUCGUCACCGGAAGUAAGAUUAUGAAAUUGUGCGAAAAUGCUACAAAUAAAACUACUACGAUUUUACAUGGACCUUCAUUACAAAACCCUGAUGGGAUGGCAAUUGAUUGGAUUGGAAGAAACUUGUAUUGGUGUGAUAAAGGUUUAGACACAAUCGAAGUAUCUACAAUGGAUGGUAAAUUCCGGAAAAUUUUAGUAUCCGUUGGUUUAGAAGAGCCAAGAGCUAUAGCUUUGAAUCCAUUAAAGGGUUUCAUGUAUUGGUCAGAUUGGGGCGAUAACGUCCACAUUGGAAAAGCAGAUAUGGACGGAUCAAAUGCUACAAUCUUAAUAGAAAAAAAUUUAGGUUGGCCAAAUGCUUUAACGAUCGAUUAUGAAACCGACGAAAUAUUUUGGGCGGAUGCUCGCGAAGAUUACAUAGCGGUUGCUGACCUGCAUGGAAAUAAUAUACGCAUAGUAGCCGAUAGAAAUUCAAAUGCCGCUUUAAAAUUACAUCAUGUCUUUGCAAUCACCAUUUGGGAAGACCGACUUUAUUGGACCGAUUGGGAAAUGAUGUCGAUCGAGAGUUGUCAUAAAUAUUAUGGAAAUGAGACAAAAACUUUAUUUAAAAUGGUACAUCGACCUAUGGAUUUAAGAUUAUACCACCCGUUUAGGCAACCACAACAUAAUAAUCCCUGUGAAAAAGCAAACUGCUCAGCAUUGUGUUUACUAACUUCAGAAGAGCCAUUCUACAAAUGCGCGUGCCCUGAAAAUCACAUUCUUGGAAGUGAUGAAAAAUCAUGUAUAUCAAAUUGCACCUCAGCUCAUUUCGAAUGCGCCACCUCGUAUAAAUGCAUUCCAUUCUGGUGGAAAUGUGACACUCAAGAUGAUUGCGACGAUAAAUCAGAUGAACCUAGUGAUUGUCCCCCAUUUAAUUGCCAACCAGGACAGUAUCAAUGUAAUAAUAAUAACACCACUAACGUAACAAAAUGUAUUCACCCAUCAGAACUGUGUAAUGGAAUUGAUAAUUGUGGCAACAAUGAUGAUGAAAAAAAUUGUUAUAAUUACACUUGCUUAAAUACACAAUACAAAUGUAAGGGAAAUGAUACCACUCCACCGAAAUGUGUAUCAAUUUUAAGUCUAUGUAAUAAGAUUGAUGAUUGUCCAUUUGGUGAUGACGAAAAAGAUUGCCCUCCUAGAAGUUGCCCAUCAAAUAAUUUUCAAUGUAAAAAUGAUCAAUGUGUUCCACAAGUUUGGGUUUGCGAUGGGGAAGUAGAUUGUCGGGAUGGCUCAGAUGAAACAGAUUGCGCAAACCGUACCUGCGACGUAAACCAAUUUAGCUGCACCAACGGUCGUUGUAUUCCGAAUUCGUGGAAAUGCGACGGCGAUAAAGAUUGCCCCGACGGAGCAGACGAACCAGAAUCAUGUCGCGGCUCAAACUAUCACACCUGCGAGCCUUCCUACCAUAAAUGUCUAAACGGAAAGUGUAUACCGGGACGGUGGCGUUGCGAUUACGUGAACGACUGCGGCGAUUGGUCAGAUGAACAUAAUUGUACGAUGAGGGAAUGUUCCGAAUCCGAACAUCGUUGCGGAAACGGCAAAUGCGUUCCCGCCACGGCCGUUUGCGAUGGACAAUUCCAGUGUGAAGACAAAUCCGAUGAAGCUAUGUGUGAUCCAAAAUGUGGGGAUAAUAAAUUUCAAUGUGGAGAUCCAAAAAUGUGCAUUUAUAUUGAUUGGCGUUGUGAUGGCGAAAUAGAUUGUGCAGACGCAUCCGAUGAAUUAAACUGUAACAAAACCUGUCCAAAUAAUGGAUUUAAAUGUUCGAAUGGAUUUUGUAUAAAUGAACAAUGGGUAUGCGAUGGCCAAGAUGAUUGUGAAAAUAAUUCUGAUGAAAGCCCUGAAUUAUGCAUAAACCGUCCAUGUCUCGCAAAUUACUUCCGUUGUUCCAACCAUCUUUGCGUUCCAAUGCACCAAGUCUGCGAUGGCGUCGAUAAUUGUCGCGAUGCAAGCGAUGAACUUCAAUCAUUAUGUCAUUCAACUAGAACGUGUCGAUCGCACGAGUUCAAAUGCAAUUAUGGACAUUGUAUCAAUAAUAAUUUGGUAUGCGAUGGCCAAAAUGAUUGUUUUGAUAAUAGCGAUGAGGUGAAUUGUGCUAAAAAUGGUCAGUGCAAAUGGAAUACUUGUUCGCAAAUUUGCGUUCAGGAGAGUGAAAAUAAGACAAUGUGUAAAUGCGCUGAUGGGUUUCAUCAUAAUUCGGAUACUGGUUGUUCCGCGGCUGGGAAACCUGCAACUUUAAUUUUAGCAGUUGAAGCUGAAUUGAGAUUAAUCUCACCUUAUAAAGCUGAUGAACCAAAUGAAUUGUACAACAAAUCUGUGCUUAUGACAAUACCUAGAUACAAGGUUGGUUCGAUUGAUAUUUAUUCAAAUAAGAAAGAAUUAACUGUUUUUUGCACAAAUCAUCAAACUAAACAAGUUGAAAGUAUCGAUUUAUAUCUAGUAUCACAUGAACAUAUUAGAACUGAAGGUAAUUUAGUAACUGUUCUUAAGAAUUUAAUAGAACCAAGAGGUUUGGCUGUUGAUUGGGUUACAAAGAAACUUUAUAUCACAGAUACAAAUCGAAUUGUAGUUUCGACGUUUAAUGGUUCACAUUCUUUUACAUUAAUCAAUGGAAAUAUGAAACAAUCGAGAGACAUUGUUGUUGCCCCUGAAGACGGUUUACUGUUUUGGGCCGAUUGGGGACCAGUUGCUGUUAUAGAAACUUCUCAUAUGGACGGAAAUCAACGACAAGUUUUACUUAAACAUGAUAUUCUUUGGCCAACUGGUUUAGCUAUUGAUUAUCCAACGAAACGUUUAUAUUGGGCGGACCCAAAAACGAAUUAUAUAGGAAGUGUUAAUUUUAAUGGAAGUAAAAAAGAGAUUACACAUAGAUUUAGCUCGGAAGUGAAACCAUUUAAAAUAGAUGUUUUUGAAGAUUACAUUUAUCUAACAACGUAUCGGACGCAUAAUGUUUUUCGUUUUCAUAAACAUGGGAAGGAUAAUAGGACUUAUUUAGCCAUGGGUUUAGCUAGGUUAUAUGACAUACAAAUAUUACACGAACAUAAACAAACUAAGAAUUUAACGAAUCGAUGUUUGGAUGCUUGUCAUAGUUCUGAAAUUUGUCUUUUAAAUCCAAAUGGAACGACAUGUGUUUGUCCAGAUGGUUCUUUAAAAACAAACUUCACUUGUCAAGUGAUAUCAGAACCAUGCCCAUUAAAUUGUAAUUCAGGAACAUGUGUUAUGAAUAAAGGGGAGGAACCUAAAUGCGAUUGCCCCCCUAAAUACUCAGGUCGUCUUUGCGAACAUUAUCGAUGCUCGCAGUUUUGUCACAACAAAGGAAUGUGUUACGUUGAUUACCUUACAACUGAUCCAAUAUCUUUAAAACCAAAACUUCGUUGUUAUUGCCAACCUCAAUUCACUGGAGAGCAUUGUGAAACACCUCUCUCAAUUUGUAAUGAAACAUGUUAUAACGGAGGCACAUGUUAUUCAACACAACCAAAUGUUUACCAAUGUAGCUGUCCAGCUGGAUUUUCCGGUCAAAAAUGCGAGCAUUGUUCGCGAUUACAGUGUCAUAAUGGAGGUGUUUGCAAGGUAAAUCAAAAUGGAGAGGAGGAAACUUGUUCCUGUCCAGUUGGUUUUAAGGGCAAGUGUUGCGAUAUUUUUGUAUGUGAUAACUUUUGUAGUAAAAAUGGAAAUUGUAUAGCGACACCAGAUGGGCCAACAUGCCGUUGUAAUCCCGGAUAUGCAGGUGACCGCUGCGAAAAAGAUUUGUGUUCGCAAAAAUGUUUGAACGGUGGAACCUGUAUUAUGGGGAGUGGAAUAAAGCAGCUUGAAUGCGAAUGUUCACCGUUCUUCGCAGGACGCAGAUGCCAAAUCAACUUAUGUGACGGUGAUAACCCCCCAGCAGGAUGCCCUAAAACUUGUCCAUGCUUAAAUGAAGGAAAAUGUAUAUAUACCAAUAAUUCAUUUACUUGUAAAUGCCCACCAAAAUGGACAGGAAUUCGUUGCGAAAUUUACAUUUCUGCUAAUAACAAUACUGAUACUCGAUGUGAUAAUCUUUGUGUUAACGAUGGAAUCUGCCGAAGUGCAUUGAACGAAGUGUAUUGUGAAUGUCGGAAACCUUUUGAAGGAGUACACUGUGAACAUUCGACAGCAAAAUGCGAACCCAGUUGUUUAAACAAUGGUACCUGUGAUAUAGACGCUAACGGGCUUAAUUUUUGUAAAUGCCCCAUUGGAUUUGAAGGCCAAUCUUGUGAAACUCCCAAAUUAAUUGAAUCGACUCAAGCAAACGCAGGAAAUGGAAAUUACGUUCUUGUCACAUUGUUAACAGUAAUCAUUUUGGUCGUGAUAGCUAGCACCAUUUUCGGAUAUUUAUAUAUUAGGAAACGGAAGCCAUUUUCACAUGAAAGGUUACAGGAGAACGAUUUUAAUAAUCCAAUUUAUCAAGAUAGAGAUGCUGAGCCAUUUACUUUAGAUACAGAUAGGUCAAAUAAUUUUGUAAAUCCAGUAUAUGAAACCGUCUACAAUGGAACGACCGGGGUUAAAGAAGAAAAAGCCGGAUUGUUACAGAACUUACCAGAAGGAACAACUCCGUCUCCUGUUGAAGGAUUGUGACUAAAACUAAAAAGAAAAUAAUUAAAACGAUACUUGAUUAAGACAACUAUUAUUUAAUUGCUGUGAAAUGUGCCAUUUUUUUGGAAAGGCAGCUGUGUGUAUAUAUAUAGCUGUUAAUUGUAUACUAUUAAAAAGUUUUGUGUUUUUGAUGUCGUUUUGACACAUAUCUGUGUUUAUUGUUCGUAAACGUACGGAUUUAGGUAAAACAAAUAUGAUAAUAAUUUAACAAAAAAAAAAAAAGAAAGGUAAAAUUGCAAUAAAGUUUCGAUGAUUGUAAAAUAAAUCUUGCCAAAUUCUUCAUCAAUACUAUUUUCUGAAAGGUGAAACGAUUAAGUUGAGAUCCUAUAAUUGUGAUUGCAAAAAGAAAACUGGAAACAAUUCGUCCUGUAUAUAAAUACAACUGAAAACUAAAAUGACUGAAUAAAAUACAAUUUAUAUUUAAAUUAUAAUAAUUAUAUAUUUUAUAUGUGACGUACGAUUUUACAAACUGCAAAACUCUCGAUCAAUGUUUAUGAUGAUUAUAAACGUAUGGAUUUAAUUCAUUUUUUUUUUCCUUAGCUCCUAUGUAAUAAUCUAAAUGUGUAAUUUUUCGUUUUGAAAUUGUAACUACAACGCAUAAAAAUAAAAUUCUGUAAUCUCAUGACCGUUAGGAUUAAAUAAUUUAUGCUCAAAAUAAGGUAUCAAAGAAGUGUUAUCUUAUUAAUGUGGUAUUUUUUUUGUAUUUGUAUCUUUUUAUAAGUAAACUCAACUGGAUUUUUAAACUUAA